UACCAUGUCCAAGUGACAUUUCAUUUCAAAAUAUUCAACUUCAACAUCCGAUAAAAAUGAAUGUAUUUAAAUUACCGUGAAUUAGACGCUGAUAUCAUCAUCAUAGGUGCUGGCAUAACCGGACUUAGCGCUGCAUAUCAUCUCCUUGAAAAAGACCCCCAUACAGACUUUUUGAUUCUGGAUGUAGAUGGAAAGGCGGACGUUACCAUAAGGAAUCAAUAUUCAUCACUAUGGAAUAUGAAAUGGAAAAGUAACUCAAGUGUUAAAAAGAAAACUAAAUUCGCCGUCGAUAAAUAUAAUAAAGACUAUCAGUUCAUUUUUUCUAAACAACCCAUCCUGAUGAAAUUGUUGAAAAAAUUGGAUAUCCCUCUAGUAAAAAAUGAAGUUGAAUCUGGAAAAGUUUUGGUCGAUUACGACAAGCUCUACGAAGUUUCAAAAAGAGAGAACAUUUUGGAUUUUUUCUCCUCCCAAGAUCGACAAAUUUUGAAAAAAUUUUGUAAAGAAGUCAACACUCUUUGUGCGUCUUUUUCUUUUGAUGAGCAUAAAAUUCUAUCGGAGUUUGAAGAUAUCAGUAUGAAAAUUUUGUUGCAUAGACUGAUCCAGUCAAAGAAAGUGCGUGAUGUUAUUUCACAAACCUUCCUUUAUAACUUAGGCUUGCAACCGAAGGAUGUUUCAGCGUCUUUUUUUCUUGCAUAUUGCAACUCAACACAAGGUAUUCAAAGUCAAUUCAUUUGGACUGAAGGGAGUAUUCAUCAAUUUUUUAUUGAUGGAGGAUUAGAAAAUAUGAGAUACAAACUGAUGGAAUUGAUUGGUGAAGAGUAUAUUGUGAGAGUACCAGAAAUAACCGAAAUAUCUUGGGAUGAUUGCAGCGCUGGAAUAAAAACAGCAUUCGAAUACUUUUUUGCAAACAAGGUGCUUUUCACAUUGAACGAGACUGAAACAAACAACAUUAAGUUCUAUCCACCUUUAUCUGACGAGAAGAUGAUAAUUGCUAACAGUUUUGUUAGAGGCACAUUGAAAAAAUUCAUGGUUAAUUACGAUAAGCCGUUCUGGAUGAACAAAGGACUUUCCGGAGAUGUCUACAUUAUGAAUACGAUAGAAAGAAAUGGGCCAAUUCAUAUUUGUCUAAACGUCUCUAAAAUCAGUAACGACUAUAUUUUAACAGGUCUAGCAGAGGAAGGAAGUGAUAAAACAGAGAUACUCAAUCAAUUGGCGAUUUACUUCGGAGAAGAAGCUUUAAACCCUUUGAAUUACAUAGAGAUCCCAAGUUCGUUUCACGAACUGAGUUUACCUUAUGGCUGCACAAGCAUGAAAUACUUCGGGAACAUCCAGAAGGAUUCUGAAAGGGUAGUUUGGGCUAGCCCUGAGACCACAACGAUUUGGUAUGGCACUGCCGCAGGGUCAGUGGAGGCGGGUUUUAAGGGGGCUAUCAGAGCACUGCAAGAGACCAAGCCAAACACGUUAACUUCCGAAGACUUUAAUGUUAUCAGUCCUUAUGAUGUGUCCAUACCGCCAAGAUCAACCGGAUUUUUUGGAAUUAAAUGGCACUUUUUCAUUCCUGCCAUAUUGAUCGUCAUUUUCGCUGUGGUGAAAGUCAAAAAAUACUACUCGAAAAAAUUGUUGAAGUAAAUGGAAGAAUUCGGGUCUAUUGACAGAAGGUUCAAAUAAAUGUGAAAAAAAUUAUAAAAA